AUGCGGAGAAGCUCCAUUCCCAUCUUGGAAAUGGAAGAUCCAGUGAUCGUCCUCAAAAUGGCAGGAGGGUCAGGCAAGGUGGGGGAAAACCAUCAUCUGCUGCCGACCGGAAGCACUGGGAGAUUCCCACAAAGGCUGCCACCACAGAAGACGGUUAAACAGGAACCAGAUGAAGUGAUCUUUCCUUAUUGGGACACCCAGUGGCAGCACUUUCUGCAAGAAACGGGGUCCCCUUGCUCAGGAUGGGAGUCUCCUCAGCUGCCCCAGGAUCCCAGCCUGUGGGAUGAUGCCAAGGGCUUCCUGGCCUCCUUUGAGCAGGUGGCCAAAGCCUGCCGGUGGCCAAAACACGAGUGGGUAGCCCGACUCCUGCCCUCCCUCAGCGGGCAAGCUGAAUGGGCCUUUAGUGGCCUGGAGGCCAGAGAGCAAGAGGACUAUGGGAAAGUGAAGGCGGCCAUCUUGCGGGGAAGCGCCCUCAGCCGGGAAAAGCAGCGCCAGCACUUCCGCCGUUUCUGCUACCAGGAGGCCGAGGGCCCACGGCGGGUUUGCCGCCAUCUUCAGGAGCUUUGCCGCCGGUGGCUGGAGGUGGAGAAACACUCCAAGGAGCAGAUUCUGGAGUUGUUGAUCCUGGAGCAGUUCUUGACUAUCCUGCCAGAGGAAAUUCAGACCUGGGUCAGAGCCCGGGGCCCCGAUACUUGCUCCCAGGCGGUAGCCCUGGCCGAGGAUUUUCUGCAGAGGCAGCAAGGAAUGGCGAAGUGGGAGCGGCAGCAACGGAAACUCUUCCAGAAUCAGGCAUGGCCAAAGCUUCAGCAAGGAAUCCAUACACGGAACAAAGCAGCCAUGUCCAUCGCUUCGGUCACCAAUAGGAAGAUCUUGAGCAAACCUCUGUUAUUCCAGACCCAGAACUCAAGCAUCCCAUCUGGGGUGGACUUGAGACAGGAACCAGGCAAUACUAUCCCGAUUCCCGAGAGACCUUAUCACAAGUGUUCAAUCUGCGGGAAGACCUUUGGUCAAAGCUUGCAUCUGAAUUUCCACCAGAGGACCCACGACGUGGAGAAGCCCUACAAGUGCGCCCAGUGUGGGAGCAGUUUCCACUCGCGCCAAGGUCUCAUCUACCACCAGCGCAGCCAUGCCGGCGAGAAGCCGUACAAAUGCUCCUUCUGCGGGAAAAACUUCAGCCAGAGUUCUCACCUCCUGGUGCAUAAGAGGAGCCACACGGGCGAAAAACCCUUCAGGUGUCCCACCUGUGGGAAAUGCUUCAGCCGCAACUCCCUUCUGACCAUCCACGAAAGGACCCACACGGGAGAGAAGCCGUACAAAUGCUUGCACUGUGGCAAGACCUUCAACCAGAGCACCAGCCUGAUACAACAUCAGAGGAUCCACACCGGGGAGAAACCCUAUCAAUGCUCCGAGUGUGGGAAGAGCUUCCGCCACAGCACCAGCCUGACCUCGCACCAGAGGAUCCACACGGGGGAGAAGCCCUACAAGUGCUCGGAUUGCGGGAAAGGCUUUUGCAACCAGUCGGGCCUCAUUAACCACAAGACCAUUCACACAGGGGAGAGGCCGUACAAAUGCUUGGAGUGUGGGAAAAGUUUCAGCCAGAGCACCCACCUGACCUCGCAUCAAAGGAUUCACACCGGCGAGAGACCGUAUAAAUGCUCGGACUGUGACAAAACCUUUUGCGAUCAGUCAGGGCUUGUUAAACACCAGAGGAUUCACACAGGGCAGAAACCCUAUAAAUGCCUGGCGUGUGGGAAGAGUUUUAGCCAAAGCACCAACCUUAUUAGACACCAGAGAAUCCACACGGGAGAGGAAGCCGACAAAUUAACCUCUCUUUGUGACGCAACAGUUGCAUUCCAGUUUCAAAUGCCGGCCAUUUCUAAGGCUUAA